GUCCGUGAGUGGAGUCAAGCGGAUAUAAUUAUAUACUUUUUUGUACGCAAAAUCUUACUAUAUUCUACUAUAAAAGCUAGUUUUACAAAUGAAUACAUAUCGUUCAAUGUGGUUUUGUUAAAAGGAAAAUUUUUGUUGGUGCUUCUGUUUUAAGCGAAACAUGUUAGCACAACUUCGCCAGAAUGUCUACUGAGAAUUGCUUAGUGAAAGCAAUAUAUUCAUUCAAGGGUAAAAACAAUGAUGAACUAUGCUUCAAAAAAGGUGACAUUAUCACUGUCACUCAAAAAGAAGAAGGAGGUUGGUGGGAAGGCACACUAGGAGAAACGACAGGAUGGUUUCCUAGUAACUAUGUGACCGAAUAUAAAGACACUUCUGGCUCCAUAACUACUUCUCCAAUAAGAGCAGCUUCAGAGAUUCAAGCUUUUAGAAAUGUAGUACUCAAGGAUAUAAUUGAUUCUGAAAAAGCCCAUGUAGCUGAGAUGCAAGGGCUAGUUAGCAACUUUUUACAUCCCUUGGAAGAAAGUGACAUGCUCACUAAAGAUGAAUUCAAGCAGUUAACAGGAAAUAUUAAUGAAGUGUUACAAGUGCAUGAACAGUUUCUUGAUUUAUUGGAAGAAUGUGCAAUGAAGACAGGGCCAGACCAAAGAGUCGGUGGCCUGUUUCUGCAGUGGGCACCUAAAAUAAAAGCAGUGCACCAAAUAUAUUGUGCUGGUCACCCCAAAGCUGUCUGUAUACUUGAUAAAUACAAAGAAGAGCUUAAUACAUGGAUGGAAAAUGCAGGGGCAGUUUGUCCAGGAGUACUGGUACUCACUGCAGGUCUAUCAAAACCAUUCCGACGUCUUGGGAAAUAUCCUGCAAUGUUGCAGGAAUUAGCCAGGCAUGUGCAUGAAGCUCACCCCGAUAGAGGAGAUACACAUAGAGCUUCAAUUGUUUAUAAAGAUAUUGCUAGUGGUUGUGCAGCUUUAAGACGCCAAAAAGAGCUGGAGCUUCAAGUGGUAACAGGAGAAGUUCGAGGCUGGCCAGGAGGUGAACUAACCUCCCUUGGUGAUGUACUUCAUAUGGGCAGUGUGGCAGUUGGUCCCUCCCAUCAAGACCGGUACCUCGUACUGUUUCCAUCUGCCCUGCUUCUUUUGUCAGUCAGCAAACGUGUGUCUGCAUUUGUUUAUGAGGGAUGUCUUCCACUAACUGGUAUUACGGUUUGCAAAUUAGAUGAUACAGAAACAAGAAAAAAUGCAUUUGAAAUUAGUGGGCCGAUGAUUGAUAAAAUAGUUGCAGUCUGCCAAACCAGGGCCGAAGCAGACAACUGGGUCAGUUUACUUCAGAAACACUCCAACAAUAGCAGCCCUACUCACGAGUCUGCCCAGCCACAGUCUUUACCUCAUAUGGCCAUGAGCGACAGCAGUAAUGAAUUAUCGUCGGGCCUCAGCAACCAUAAAAGAUCCCAUUCAUUCAACAACCAUCAAAGCUACACUCAGCAUACUCAACAAACACAAAAAAAUAAACACAAGAAUCAAUCGGCGCGCUGGCUUCUGAAUUCUUGCGACUCGCUCGAUCAAUCGCCCGCUAAAUCUAGUAAAACACCAAUUGGAAAGAAAUUCUCGUCGGUUGAUUUCAUCGACGCAACUGACUCAUCAUUUAGUAAUAAAGGUUGGAGUAUAACUUGCCUCCGGCCCGCACCGCCGCUGCGGCCGCAGUCCUUCACCGUCGGCUCCGACGAGAACAUCGGCCCCACACACCCUUACGCGCCUCACCAGAGAAAGUCGAACUCCUACGAAGAAGAUGCGCUCAUAUUGAAAGUCAUCGAAGCGUAUUGUACUUCGGCCCGCUGUAGGAAUGCCGUGAGCUCCGUGGACUGCGGCCACUUUUCUCUCGGUAAAGUACAAUAUCACGCACCCGCCACUAACAUACCUCACUUUAACCACACUAAACUGCCGGCGCUCCAGCGGUGCGGAACGCCGGAUCUAACGGGCCGGACCGGGGCGUCGCGAGUCAAACGUAACAAAAGCUCCUCCGCGGCGGACGCCUACCUGUACCGCGCGCCCGAAGCGAGGAAGCUGAUAUCGGAGCGCAAGUUCCAGCUGAACAGGUCGAACCCCAACUUGUGGGACUGCUCGGAGCGGCGCCGCACGCUGGCGGGCGCGCACGAGCGCCGCAGCGGCUCGCAGCCCAGCCUGGCGCCGCGCCCCGCGCCCCCCGCCGCGCCGCGCCCCGCGCCCCCCGCCGCGCGCUCCUCCACCUGGUGCUGCGGCACCUUCGUCAAGCAGCUCACCAAGUCGCACCACUUCGACUGACACUGAGCCCCUCCUCCCCUCUCGACUCCCUGCCGUUCCGCUCGCCCGUCUCGUCGUCCAUCGACGCCGCAUUCGGAAUCCUGGUGUUCGCGAUUGUUCGUGACGAGUGACCGUCUGGCUUUUGAUUCGUUCACCGCUCUCACUAAUCGUUUUAAUGUCCUAAUUCUGCCGUUAACUAAUACGUACCUUUCGUUCGUACCAUACGUUAGGUUCAUGGUAUUGAGAUGCAUGUCUCCGAUGCUAUUUUCGUGCCAUUAAAAUACGAUGCUCGACGAAAUUCCUCUAUAUGUGCCGAAUGUAGAUUGUAUAUUGGGAUGUAUUUGUAGUGCAUGUUUCCAGUAUUAUUCAAUUUUACUUUAAAUAGUUGCUUCUUACUAAAAAUGGUGCAUUAAUAACGACUAUACGCAUGGUUAAGUAUAUAAAAUAUUUUUAUAUACCUAUUUUAAGUGCCACUCAUUAUAUAUUUACAAGAUUACGCUUUUAUAUAAAUACAAGUGCAUUGUAUAUCAUAACUAUUAUUUUCUCGACAGCUGAUAUUCAUCUUUACCAAAUAAGUUGAUCUAUUAUAUUGUAUGUAUGUAAUAUUAGUAUGCAAAUUAGUGUUAGUGUAAAAAGGCUUACGGAGUUGUGUUUUUGUCUUUAAAUAUUUAAUCAAAUAUACGUAAGUGAAGUGUAUACGUUGACGCUACGACGAUUCUUGUUUACUUUAAUUAAAAAAAAUAAUUGUUAUCGAACAGAAGCAAUAUUAAAUUAAAUUAUAUAUGUACGUGAUUGAAAUAUUGUUUUGUUAUUUAUAAAAUUAUAAGCGAAUUUAAAUGUGGAAUCAAAACAUUUAAAUACUCUUUAAUGUUACCGAGUCCAUAUAAUGAACAUUGUCACUAACAAUCUUCAUAUUAUUUAUUGUAAUUUGUCUCGAAAUAUAGAAAAAAAAUAUGAAUCUAACGAAACUCUUUAGAGGUUUUAGACAUUAUAGAAACAGUUAUCGUAGUUCUUUCCUGAUCGCCACCGAUACUCUUCAAAUAAUAAAUCCCGUUUAUUCGUAUUCUCAAACUGAUAGUGACAAUAGAUUUACGAUUUCAACAAAUGUUUCUCAGUUUAAAAGAGUUCACAAUUUAAAUGCUUUAACCUGGUCGCGUAUUCCGAAAGUAUAGUAUUAAUGUAUUAUAUUAUACGGUUUAUUUGAUACUAAAAUAGAUUUUCUUUAAUUAAUUUUAAUAUGUACUACGUUACUUAAACGUAAUAUGAAUAAUAAUAUCUUUAUUCGAAUUCAAAAUCUUUAUUCAAUUACUUAUUAUUGAUUGGAAAAAUCUAAUACCGUUUCGGAAAUAAAUCAGACUUGAUAAGAACCGACGAAAGAAACUCAGGAUGUAUUUUCAAUCAUUUUUUCAUUAAUUGUAUACAAUGUAUAAAAAAAAUAUAGGAAUAAUAUAUGAAAUAUUUUUUUUCCCUGAUAUUCAUUCACGUCAGCGUUCCAAAGAAAGCAGAUAUAAAAGUAGUCUCCUAUUGAAUGAGCUCGGCCUCUGAUUGGGACGUCUCACUUUAACAAUAUAACAUCUUACAUUGAAUCGUGGUUAAAAAAGCAGAAGCAUUUGUGAUGUUACAGAUGAUAUCUUUCUAAUUUAACAGUCAUUCUACUUUUACUUUCGACAUUUAUUUUCAUUCUUACAAAAUAUAUAUUAAAAAAAGCUUAUAAAUACCCCGUGAAUACGUACGUUAUUAUACUUACGUCGUUUUGUUUUUAGAAAAUAAUUUUCCCAAUAGAUUUCUGUUGAAAAAUAAACUCUACAUUGUAAGUAAGCCUCUACAGCCUGUUAUAUCCCACUGCUGGACUAAAGCCUUUUUUUUAAGAUGUUUGAAAUAUACAAUUGUAGAUUUUCGUUUGACACAUGCAGGUUUCCUUACGAAGUUUUUCGUUACCGCUGAGAACGAGAUGAGUCUAUACUCUAAUUAAGGACAUGAAAAUUCAUUGUUCAGUUCUAAACCCUUGAUCUUCGGUUAAAAUUCACGUAAUGUAACCAUUAGACAAUAUUGGCUUUUUACUCUACAUUAUAAAUCAAAGUAGUUUAUUUAUUACCAUUACCAAUUAAUAAUGCUUCAAUGUACAAUAUUUAAACACGAGUGUAUUUACGUUGUUCACAUCAAAUUUGUAUCAUAGUAGAAAAUGAGGCAAAGUAAAUAGAAAUGAGUGACGGUAGCUACUCGUGUGCCCCAUGAGGUAAUCACAGCGGACGGCGUGGGUACAGCCGUCGGGUGCAUUAGUUAAAUAUUUAAUAACCUUAGCGCACUUGAAGCGGAACGUUUUGUACCUAAACUGAAUUCACAUUAGCCGUCUACUUCAAACAACUUAUCCCGUAUAUAAAACCUAGUUAUCUGCCUUUCGAUACCGGAUUGCUGUUUGUAAAUUGUAUUCGGGUAACAUAUGCGACUUGCCUUUUCUAUAAUUAAAUUCGAAAUUAGUUAGGAAAUUGGGCCGAUCAUGAAAAUACAAUUUAAUUUCCAACGUAUUCCUUGUGCAUAAAUGGAAUGGUUGCUAGUGUUGAAAUGAUGUAUGUCGUAUAUAUAUACCUAAUGUGUUUAUUGUAUUUAGACGAGUUGAGAUCGAAUAAAAUUAAUUUUGAGACUAUAUGUAUAAUCGAUUAUUCAUACAUAAAGGAUAGUUAUAGUAAAAUAUUGCAGUAUAUACAUAUGCAUGAACACGUACGACACCAUACUUGCAAAUGAAAAAGGAACAUUCGUUUCGGCUUAAACGUCCUUAAUGUUUUUGAGUAUGUCUAGAGUCUAGACAUAUAAUGUCAUUGUUAAAACAUGAUGAACAAAAAUAUAUGAUCUCUAAAAUCAUCGUAAAUGUGAAAGCAUGUAUAUAUCCUAAAAAAACUUUGACAAACAUACGAGUGACGGUUUCACGACAAAAAUAAUAAAAGUAAUUAAUUAUAUUGUAAAAUCAUAUGUUGCUUUUAGUUUACAUGGAAAAGUUUUUUUAUAAAAUUGAGUCGAACACUCGAAUUUUUUAUUUGACCGUGUCUUUGUAUAUAUUAUCUGUGCUGUAUACAAUGCGGUUGAUUUCUAUGAAUGUAUUAGAUAUUCAUAUUUAAUACAUGCAUAAUGGCGUCGUAGUAGUCGUGGAUGUUCUUCUUUAUAUUCUUACAGAACUAAAAUAUAUAUAUUUAUUAAGAGUUUUAGAUAUUUCAAGUACAAUUUUAUUGUUAUAUAUAAAUUGACGAAAGUAACAAUUCGGUAAGUUCAAAAUUGCACGUUCAGUUCACUCAUGUUACAUGAAUAAUAAAAAAAUAAUCUGAGCAUUAAUUAUUAGCGAAAUAUCGGUUUUUAUUUAUUUAACAUUUAUUUUACCAAUAAAUUGGAUUAUGUAAGAAAACAAAUAUAUUAUGGUAUGGUAUAUACCUUUUUGAUGAUGAUGAUGAGAUGAGACCCUUUUUUCCGGCUAAUGAACUACGAAUGGAUAGAAGAAUUUAAAGUUUGUGGUAUAGUUGAGAGUCAAGAACAGCCCGAUACUCCAAGUUUUUGGCACUGCGUAUAUAUUUUUAUAAAUACUUAACUAAAUUUUUAGUAAAUUUACUAUUCAUUUCUAUACAAAAAGUACUCGGUAAGAACUUGAACCGAUUUUGUAUGAGUAAUAUUUGUAAACGCCAAGACAGCUGUGUUUAGAACACAUGAAAUUUAACCUAUGAUUGCGGGUUCAGACCCCGGCAAGUGUCACUGAAUUCCUACGUCCUAAGUUUGUGUUUAUAACUCAUGUUGUGCUCGGUAAAGGAAAAAAUGUGAGGAAACCUGCAUGUAUUGAUGCAUAAAACAGCGUGGUAGAGUAAGAAUCCCCUAAAAAAAAGAGUAAUUAUAUUCUGUUUCUUUACUUAACUUUUUCAAUACUUAUAAAUAUAUAACUUUUCUUUUAAAAGUUCUAAAAGAAGUGAAUGUGGGUAUUCCAACCGUUUUACACCUGGUUACUUAUUUAAUGCGUCGCGUCGCGUUGAAACGGUUUCCAUAAAUCUAGAGCAGUUAAUGUAAAGAGUCGUGCGACGGCUUCGCUAUAUUAUAUAAAGAUACCUCCACUUUUAAUGAGUAUUCCUAAGUGAAAAAAAAAAAACACUCUGAAUUCCAAGUCAAACAAAGAACGUUUUUUCACGUUAUAACUGUCCGCUCGUUUGUCCUACGAUUAAAGUCUUGUACAUUUUUCGUUGUAAUACGUUUAAUUCCGAAAUAUUAAAGAAUUUUAUAGUGAUGAUACAUCUGUAUCAUUCUAGUUAGCAGUUGUAAAUAAAAUAAGCUUUGUAUCGUUGUUUAUUAAAAACAAAAUGAUUUUAUUUCACUUUAUAUAAAUCUUCUGUGCGUGUAUAUGUAACUGAAAUCCUAAACGGUUGGAUAUUUUGUAUGUAUUUGAGUGGAGAGUUAGUAGUUAGUUCAGAUGGUUUAGACUGGACCCGGUAGGUGGCGCUAUGAACGGGAAGUAAAUAGAAUUCUUAUAUCACCGACGAAGCCGGAGCGGGCAACUAGUGUUAUAUAAUAUUCGUCUGUUAAUUUAAAUCAUUUAUACAAAUGGAAGGUGUCAUAUCUUUCAUUGAAAUAUUUAGCCUUUUUAUCUGUAUUUAAUAUAAGAAGUGAUUAAAAUUGAAUUCACAUGUAAAACAAGAUUUAAUAUAUACUACAAAAAAAAAACUCACACUUGUCUUUCAACUAAGAUAUAUAGAAUACAUAGAAACAGUCAUUAUUAAUUUAUUAUUAUUAAUAACACGUAACAUAACAUAUGUUAAAAUAAUACAAAAAACAAAACUUGUGUUUAUGUUAAACUAUAUUACAACGAAUGAAGUAUUAACAAUUAAAGUUUAACAUUUCCCUUAAUAUCCAUAACACAUAUUAUGGUUUAGUGAACUUUAGCUAUGGUCUCAACUUGCAACGAACAUAAACUAAUGAGGUUUUGUAAUCGGUACUACUGAGCGAUCCUCGUAACACAACGAGUUCCUAAUAACAGGUGUAACGGAUCUGCAAGUAAUCUGUGCAACUAUUGUUUAACCCUUUUCGUACUCAUAUAUGAACAUAAUAUUUUGUCGUUUAUUUUUAUCAUAAUAACUUUAUUAUCAAAGUUCCUCACUGGCUUUAUCACGAUUGUUCGAAUGUCGAGUAUUAAUCGUGUUUUGUAAUUUGAUUUAAAUUAUUUAAUACCUCAACGGUAGUAACAUUUGUUUUAAUGGAAACAUGUAAUUGAUAUUACAAAAUCAUUGUAAAAUCCUAUUUUAAUUAUCUAGUCAUUUGUUUUUUUUUUUUUAAUAAAUUGUUUACUGUCAAAGUAUAUAGGAUAAGGUAAAUGAUGAAGAGAAAUGAAUGAUGUCAAGUGAUAAUGAAAUGAAAUAUUUGAAUUAUUUAACAAAAUAUUAAUUUGUAAAAUGUUUAAACUAACAAGUAAAUUUAAUGUGUUAUAAUGUAGGUAAUAGCCAUAUAAUUUGAUCUUAUAGAGUUUGAAGAGCUAUGUUUAGUGAAAAGGAGGUGGUAUAUAUACUUAUAAUAUUCAGUGUCUAGUUGUUUAAUACUAUUAAUAUAUCAAAUAUUACGUGUGUUAUAAUAUAAUACGUAUAUUUAUUUUUAUAACGAAAAUUAUUGUAGAUUGUAUGUAUAAGUAUUUAAAAUAAAUAUUAUAAACCAAUA